GUGGCUUCUAGUAAGCAAGGAUUCUCGUGUAUAAGCCAGAUGCCGCUGGCUUGGAAAGCAUGAAAAACGGGCCGAACUGUGCCAAUCUCGAUCCAAGGAUUAUCGAAACGUCAGCCGACGGCACCGUCGCCGUUAUUCAUCCAAUAGAGUCUCCGGCCAAAGAUUGGAUAUUGCCCGCGCCUUGCGCGCGAGGUGGUCAGUUGAAGGUGGUGGGGGUCUACGGUGCCACCACCCGUGUCGACCUACUAUAUUUGGAGACGAGGGUCUCCAUGCCUUCUGUAUGAAAAUCCAUGUUCAUAACCAAGUUGCUCCAAGUUACCGUCCUAGCGUGUAUGUACAGUUCACCAAUGGUGUUGUGUCAGGACGUUGCGAGCGGUCUGGUCAAAGGAGCAGAAAAUCUUCCUGGAAGCAUAACAGGUGCCGAUGUCAAAAGAUACUCCUUGUUAUAUAACCAGUGCAGUCGAAAGCAUCUGAGUAUCGUAGGAAAAAAUAUAACCGCUUUGGGUGUUGACCAAUCUCCUUUCGCCAAUAUGAGUCUUGAGACAGUGGUGCGAAAAAAUACCAUAGGACUGAAAAUAAUGGGCUUGAAUUCUGGCCGCUACCUUUGUUUUAAUAAAAGAGGAAAACUCAUAGCAAGGUUUGUAGGAGAAAACAAAAGGUGUUUAUUUAAAGAAGUACUCAGUCCAGACAUGUAUACCAAAUUUCAGUCACUUUAUAACUCCGACUGGUUCGUGGGUUUUAAUAAAAAAGGCAAACCACUUAAAGGUAAACCAGAUCGUCACAAGGGGAAGAGACAUUGUUUUUCAUUUAUCAAAAGAGGAUUCUCUUAUUUAACCAUUCAUUCGAAUCAACCCGGACCUAAGAUGCCAGACGAUCCAUCGAAACUUUUUGCUAAAGAAACAGAAAAAACUCACGAAAGGAAAGUUACAAAAAGGGACAAGAAACGUCCUUUCAGAUAAACUUCUGCAUCCCAAGCAUCGGGCUGGAACCCGUAGCUCAUAAGUGUGCGUGUGUGUGCAGUGCGUGUGCGUGUGCUAAUGGAACUACGAUAUUAAAAAUUAAUAUUGGAUACACUACAAGAGUACAUUAUUUAGAUUUAGGGCCAUUCGUGGCCUUGUGCAUUUAUCGAGACCAAUGUGGCAUGGAUGUACAGUACCAGUAUAUCGAGGCUCUCUUCAUAGUGGACUACUUCUUUGUAUUGUGUGCAAAACCAAACAUUGUUCGCUAUUGUUGUUGCCAUUAUUUUGAUCAUUUUAAUAAAACGGGUCCUUUCAAUUAUA